AUGAAUCUUUUUAAUGAAAACAAUGCAUCAGUUCAUUUAAUUCCGUCUGAUCCUAAUGCAACCUUUUAUAUCUUACCAAAUGGAAUUGGUAAAGAUCGUCGUACAAUCUUUUCAAAUGCUAUUCAACAUUUUCAUCUUCAACUUGUAGCAUCACCUGAAAAUGCUCGUUUUAUUCUAGCUGAUGAACAAUUUGAUUUGCCUAAAGUAUUUUCAAUAUUAAAAUUAGACUUAUCAGAAAGCGAAGAAAAAUCGCUACCAAUUGUUAUUCAAAUUAAAUGGUUAACUGAUUCGUUGAAAGAAAAACAUUUAGUUCCACUAACUAAGGAUUAUAUUUUUCGAACACCUCUCAUUCGAAAGAAAACAAUGCCAUCGUUUUCGCAAGAGCCAGUUAUAGAAGAAAAGAAAACAAUUAAAAAUAAACCGAAACGAAGAUUAUCUGAUGAUCAACCUCAAGGUGGAUGUGCAACUCAAGUAAAACAAAGACGCUAUUCAUCUGAUGAUGAUAAUAAUGAUAUGAUGGAAGACUAUAAUGAUACAGUUAAAAAUCCAUUUAAAAAUGGAGAAUUACCGAAAGGAAACUGGAUGUGCUCGAUGUCGUCUCAAACAGCUAAAAAGAAUACUGAAAUCAAUAAAGAUAUUAUUGAUAAAUUGCAAGCAAUGGCUGAUCUCUAUAAUAAAACAAACGAUAAAUGGCGCGCAUAUUCAUAUCAAAAAGCUAUUACAACCAUUCGUCGAUGUACAAAACGUAUUGAUUCCUAUGAAGAAAUAAUAAAAUUGCCUGGCAUUGGCGAAAGUUUAGCUAAAAAAAUUUGGGAAAUAAUUGAUACGGGUAGUUUUGAAAAACUAGAAGAUUUUCAAUCAUCUGAAUAUAUGACUGCUAUUAAUUUAUUUGGUAAUAUAUGGGGAUGUGGACCGAAUAUUGCUAAACACUGGUAUGAUCAAGGCUUUCGUACUCUUAAUGAUGUUCGUACAAAAGCAAAACUAUCUCAGAAUCAAACAGUUGGAUUAAAAUAUUACGAUGAAUUUCUUGAACGAAUCCCACGUGAUGAAGUCGCUGAAAUUGAAGCUGUUGUAAAAGAACAUGCACUUGCAUUAGUACCUGGUCUUACUAUUCAAACGUGUGGUUCAUAUCGACGAGGCAAAGCCACAUGUGGUGAUGUGGAUAUUUUAAUUACGCAUACUGAUGGAAUAUCACAUCAAGGCUUACUUAUUCCAAUCAUUGAUUCAUUAAGAAAAUGUGGAUUUCUAACCGAUGAUCUUGUGCUUUCGGAUAAAUAUGAGGAAGACAGCGGUUCACAUGUGAAAUAUUUUGGCGUUUGCUUAUUACCCGGUGAAAAUAGAAAACAUCGCCGUCUUGAUAUUAUUGUUAUACCACAUAAUGAAUAUGCAUGCGCUUUGCUUUAUUUUACUGGUAGUGCACUUUUUAACAGAUCGAUGCGCAACUUAGCACAUCAAUAUAAUAUGUAUUUAUCGCAACAUCGUCUUAAUACUGGUGUCAUACGCAAAAAUAAUUCAAAAAUCAAUAUGGGUACACCAUUGUAUACUCCAACAGAAGAGUCUAUUUUUAAAUAUCUCAAUUUACCCUAUCGACCUCCUGAGGAACGUGAUCAUUGA